AUGGCUGAUACAUAUAAAAAUGUUCGUAUACCUGGAUCAAAUGAUAUCGUAUAUAAAGAUGAAUGUAUAUAUUCAUUUGAUAAUCCAGAAUCUGAGAAUGGUCUUUUUAUAUGUAUGUCAACAUUUCGUGGUUUAGGAAAAGAUCAUGUUGCACGACAUUGUAAAGCAAAUCCUGGUAAAAAUGUAUUUUUACAUAUUUUACGACGACGAAAACCCAUACCAAUUGAUUCAAAUAUUGAACAACCAAAAGUAACUAAAUUGGCAAUUGGAAUUGAAGGUGGUUUUGAUCCAAAUGGUACAAAACGAUUUACAUUUGAAGAAAAAUAUUCAAUUUAUAUACAUCCAAAUGUAAUUAUUGCAUAUCCAGAUGAAAAUGACAAAUUACCAGAACAUGUUCAACAAUCAGCUCAAGCUAUUAUUACAGCUGAAUCGGCUUUUCUUAAAGAAGAACGUACAUUAAUGAAUGCAACAUGGAAUGGAGAAAUUCGUCAAAAAACUAAACAUGCUCAUACAUUAGUACAAUUAAAUAAUGGUAAAAAAAUUCCACCAAGUGGUUGGAAAUGUGAACAUUGUGAUUUAAAAGAUAAUUUAUGGUUAAAUUUAACUGAUGGAGAAAUUUUAUGUGGAAGAAAAUUUUAUGAUGGUAGUGGAGGAAAUAAUCAUGCAAUUGAUCAUUAUGAUAAAACAAAAUAUCCAUUAGCUGUUAAACUUGGAACAAUAACUGCCAAAGGUGGUGAUGUUUAUUCAUAUGAUGAAGAUGAUAUGGUAGAAGAUCCCAAUCUUGCUGAACAUUUAUCUCAUUGGGGUAUAAAUAUGAUGAAUAUGGAAAAAACUGAUCAAUCAAUGGCUGAUUUAGAAAUUGAAAUUAAUCAAAAAUAUGGUGAAGCAUCAAUGAUUGAAGAAGCGAAUUCGAAAUUAAAACCUGUUCAUGGAGCAGGAUAUACUGGAAUGAAAAAUUUGGGUAAUUCAUGUUAUAUAAAUUCAUCGAUGCAAGUUUUAUUUACAAUAAAAGAUUUUCAAGAAAAAUAUUAUAAACAUUGUGAUUUUUAUUUCGAUAAAGCAAAAGAUCCUAUACAUGAUUUUAAUACACAAACAGCUAAAUUAGCAUUUGGUUUAUUAUCGGGUCUUUAUUCACGAGAACUUCCCGAUGGUGGUGAUGCAUCAUUUCGACCACCAUCAAAUAUUCGACCACAAAUGUUUCGUACAUUAGUUGGCCGUGGUCAUCCAGAAUUUGGUACAAAACAACAACAAGAUGCUGCUGAAUUUAUUGAAUAUUUUAUGGAACAAGUACAUAAACAUUGUUUAAGUGAUCCAACACCAGAUGCUUGUCUUGAUCCAAGUACUUGUUUUCAAUUUCAGUUAGAAGAACGUAUUUAUUGUCCAGAAACAAGUCAAGUCCGUUAUACAACACGUGAAGAUUCAAUGUUUCGAAUAAGUGUUCCAAUAGAUGCAUCAAAAAAUAUGCAUGAAGUUCUUCAAUAUAAUAAAACAAAAGAAGAACUUGAAAAACAAGGUAAAAAAACGAAUGAUCUACCAAUUGUACGUCCAAUUAUUCCACUUACACAAUCAAUUGCACGUUGGGCUGAACCAGAAAUUAUUAAUGAUUUUAAAAUCAAACGAAAUGAACCAAAUACAACAAUUAGAAAAACACAACGAUUUUUAACUUUCCCGGAUUAUCUUUUUGUUCAGUUAAAAAAAUAUACAUAUAAUGAUGAUUGGACACCAAGAAAACUUGAUGUAUCAAUGGAAAUACCGGAUGAAAUUGAUCUAAAUUCAUUACGUGCAAAAGGUUUUCAACAUGGUGAAACACCUAUGCCAGAUGAUGAUGAACCAAUAGCACAAACAACGACGAAAUCAAAUGAAGAAAUUAAUGAGGUUUUAUUACAACAACUUAUGGAUAUGGGAUUUUCAAUUGAAGCUUGUAAGAAAGCAUUACUAACUACAGGAAACAAUAAUAUUGAAGCUGCUAUGAAUUGGGUAUUUGAACAUCAAUCAGAUCCUGAUUUUAAUGAACCAUAUAAAGCAUCAAAUACUUCAUUACCACCAAUUAUCGAUGAAGAAAGUAUUGCUUUAGUUAUGUCAAUGGGUUUUUCUCGUCCACAUGCUACUCGUGCAUUAACAAUGACAAAUAAUAGUGUUGAAGCAGCAGCGGAUUGGGCUUUAAAUAAUCCAGAAAAUGAUUCAGCAUUACAUAUAUUAGUAGAUUCUUUACCGCAAUCUUCACCAGCACAUCAUGUAACGAAAACAACACAUUUUCGUGAUGGAAAUGGAAAAUAUCGUCUUGUUGCAUUUAUUUCACAUAUUGGAAAUACCACAGCAUGUGGACAUUAUGUUGCACAUAUUCUUAAAGAUGGUCGAUGGGUUAUAUUUAAUGAUGAAACUGUCGCAAUAUCAGAACAUCCACCAAAAGAUUUAGCUUAUCUUUAUUUAUACAAACGUACGGCAUCUUAA